CUGGGGUCUCUGUGGGGUCCCAGGAAGAGCUGGGGGCUCCAUGGGGCAGGAAGGCACUGGUGUUUCUGUGGGGCUGGGAGCCCCUGGAAGACCAUGGGCAGAGCUGGAGGCUCUGUGGGGCUGGGAGGUGCUGUGGGGCACAGGGGGUCGUUCCUCAGCUCCGGGGCUAGAGCCCAGCAGCACCACUGCCCAGCUCGCCUGCGCCCUGGGGGGCUCUGCCCCAUGCGCUGGGGGGCAGUUGACCCCCCCCACGCCGGUCCCUGUGCAGUGAGGUGCCUCCUGCCUGGACGGGGCCGCUCGGCCGGGGCGCGAGCAGGCCGGAGGGCACUGCUGGCUGCGUGUCAGUGGCCCCUGAGCCGCCCUCGCAGCCGUGCCCCGGCGCGGUUGAGGGGGGUUUAAUCAGGCUUCGCCACGUGCUGCUGGACUCUUCCCGGGGAAGACGCUCCUUGCAAAGUGCUAAACAGUGUUUCUGUUGGCCUGGCUCCAGGAGGGAAUAGUUCAUAAAAGUGAAUCUCUAUCACUAACAGUUAGUGAUAAAUAAUGAAGCAGCGCACUUUUCUCCUCUGCUUCCUCGGCCCCCUCCGGCAGCUGUUUCUGUUGAGUGUUAGGAGUAAUGGCCUAUUUCACAACAUGUGCUUCCAUGGGGCGGGGGGAACAGUCACUGUGUGCAGGAGUUAUCCACAGCAGCCCUUUGUGUUUUAACCAUGUUGCAAGUUGUUUUUUUCUUCUGAGGAGCAAAGUACAUCUUAUAAACCAUAAUGAAUUCAGCUUCCCAGUCUGUUCUUGAGUGUUUCAUCCGCUGGGAGACAGGCGAUUGUAUCAUCACCUGGAAAUGUAAUUUGAAUCGUCUUCUAAUUAGAUGACGGGAUCGCAGGGAUGGGUUCUGCACUGCCCUGCACUUUUGUUUUCUUGUUCGCAACUGCAGAGCGCGUGUGUGAAGCCCUCCCAGCUCCCAGAGGGACGUUUCACCCACUCUGAGCUGCCGUAAGUGAUUGCACAAGACGUGGAGCAGCAGAUCAGGGCCAGCGUUUGCUCUGGUCCCCAGUGGCGCGGCGUCUGAGUGCCUGACAAACAUUAAUGGAGUCAUCACUCGCAGUUUCGUGUGGAAAUUGGUUUUGCAAGCUCUAGUCAACAGAGCUAAUGAUAAUAAUUAAAGAGAAAGCUGUUAGUGCUCCUUGCGCAGGGUUUCCUGGGGGCCUGUUUACUCUGCCUCUCUUGAGAAAUAGCUUGAGUUUUGCGUGGUCCUGACACCAUUUCAACAUCGACUGUUCUUCCCAGGUGGACGGAGGGGCCGGCACGUGGCGGAGGCAGAGCUGCUGCCUCUCGUAGGGCCACGUGCGAGGAGGGAUGAGGGUGAAAGGCAUUGGCUGCCCAGGCAGGGGCCAGCACAGCCCCGCACAGAUGCUGCUACCGCUGCAGGCGCUCUGGUGAUCGCAGAGGAUCAAAAUGAGGACCUAGUCCCAAAGCUGUUGCGUGUAGAUCCCCCUGUCCUGGUCGUUGUGCCCGAGAGAGGCACAGCACUCCUGUGUUACCUGCUGCCGCAGGCUGGCUGCCGGGCUCGUUUAAAUGGCUGUUUUCAGUCAGAGGCAUCGACGGGAUGCGAUGGCCUCCUGGGAUUCAGGGACCUUGGCGAGAAAGGGGCCGGCUGUGGUGGUCCCUGGCGCGGCACGGCUUCCCUGCCCCCGGGCAUCGCUCGGGGCUGGACGCGAGGUGCUGGCUGAGGUGGCCGCGGCCUGAUGUGACAUGCUGAAUCCAUCCAAAAUGACCCAUUUUCUGACGGCGGCAGGCGAUGAGUAGCUGUGACUGUCGCCUGGCUGGGUCUCUGCGGUGGGAGCGAGCUGGCGGGAUCCUCGCGGAGCGGCAGCCCUUUCCUGGGGCCGCACUCCCCUCUGCUGGAAGGCCGUAAAGACGCAGCCCAUUCCCGGCUGAUGCCUUCCACGGGGAGAUUUGAUUUAAUGGGAGCAGCGAAACAGCCCCCAGGCCUGGAGAGGGCCCAGCAGUCCUUGAGUUUUCACAUGCAGGAAAAGAAAUGGCCAAGCAUUAGGCAAUAAAAAUGUGAAGUGGCAUCUUGACUGCGGCGCUUUAGUACCCUUGUGAAGUGCUGGAGACUGCGCUGCCCCCGGGGAAGGCGGACCGAGAGCCGGUGAUGGGAGCUGAAGCCGGCUGCGUUCAGAUGAGAUAUUAUGUCUGUUCGGAUGAGAAACGCAGCGGGGAGGACGAGCCAUCGCUGGCGCGGAGCCCUUCGGCCUCGCAGCCCAGCGCCUUUGAGCGUGGUGUCAUCCGCAGGUGUUUGCCAGGCGCUGAUCCGAGCCGGGGGACCCCGCCGUGCGCAGGGCGGGUGAGGUCAGGGCUGCUCGAAACCAGGCAGAGACGCCACGUUUCUCUCUGCAGCUGCUGUUCUGGUGCAGCGUGGCCCGUCCCGCGCGCUCCCCUCGGGUACCGCACCCGCGGCUGAGCCGUGGCAUCUCUCAGACCCCGUCCCUGUUGCCGCCAGAUGGCAGGGCUGCCCUUCAAUGGCAGAGGACACGGGGACAGCCGGCAGUGACAUUGCUCCUGUCCCCGCUGUGCCGUGCGUGCAUGCUGCAGCUCGAGGUCCUCGGGCCCGGGGUCCCUAGGGCACGUGCUGGGCCCGCUCCGGGUGGUGUUUCGCCGCAGAGAGCGGCCGAUGUGCGGCUGCUUCCCGCUUCGUUCAGUGAAGCUGCAGCAGCUCUUGCAUCCCCGCCGCGUCCAGCUCGAAUUCGGGGUGCUGGGGAGGUGGUGCAACCUCGCCGGGCCGGUCUGGGUGCCACCGCUCGCUCCCGCGAGCUGAGCAGCGGCGUGGUUCCUCCCGCGAACCAAAGCGCUUCGACUCGCCGGCUUCCUCCCUCCUGGCCGCCCCGGGUGCUGGCGAGCCCCCAGUGCCGAGACAAUGCGGGGGGCGAUGCCGACUGGCCCCCAGGGACAGCAAGGACCCCGCUGUCCCACUGCCGAGGGCUGAUGUCACUUCUCAAGCGUCCUGAGUCAUGGGACCCUCCUUCCUUCCCUUUCCUGCGGAGGACGGCUGGGGCGGCCGGCGCUGGGAGGGCUGCUGGGCCACGGGGCUCGCGGGAAGAUUGUGCAAAGCCUGCAGCCACCGGGGUUUGGUGUUCGCGGCGGUGCGAGGAGGCCACGAGGCCGCGGGGAUGGGCACGCACCGUGCCUGGCUCAUCCAAGGGGUCCUCCUGGCCGCGGCCGUGCAGUUCGCAGGUGGCCGAGUUCAGCCAGAGCGGGUUCGAGCGCCCCAACCCCAGCGACCGCUUCAAGCAGCGGCUGGAGAUGUUCAACGCGACGGCGCUGCGGAUCCGGGCCCUGGAGCCGGGCGACAGCGGCAUUUAUGGCGCCCGGGUGAUCCUGCACCCGGCCGUGGUGCAGGAUCAGUCCUUCAACCUCUCCAUCUACGAGCCGCUGCCGGACCCCGAGAUCCAGAGCUGGCUGCUCUCCGAAACCCCCGCGCAGUGCAACGUCUCGCUGCGGUGCCGGGUGCCCAGCGGGACCAGGGCCACCGUCACCUGGGUGUCCCCCCACGGGGACCCACAGGGCCUCAGGGUGCGUGCCAGCGGCGGCGGGACGCUCAGCGUGGAGGUGCAGCCCGGCGGCGUGAACACCACCCUGAGCUGCAGCGUCCGCGGCGUCGCGGAGGAGCGGAGGAGGUGAAGGCAUCCGGCUCGGCCGCUGGACCACGAUGGCUGCGGUGAUCCUCCUGGGACGCUCCGCCUGGCAGCUCUCGCCGUGACGGAGACGGGCAGGAGCAGGGCCGGACUCCCCUGGAGCAGCCCCGAGCGCGGUGCCGAGCCUGCCGCUCGGACCUGGGGCACGGUGACGGCUCAGCUCUCUGCACACGCUGGCUGACGUCUUCUGGUUUGCGUUGGUGCUGCCUGGUCAUCUCUCAUGUGGCUCCUGGUGACACUGGCACUUCCCUUUCUGUCACUUGACAAUAAAUACAGCCCGUUCUCGUGGCUGGCCCAGCUCCAGCUGGAGGAGGUGGUUUCUGGGAGUUGUCUGCACCAGUGCAAACCCUGAUCUUCCGUCUCGCCCCGUGCCGGUUUGGGGCCGGGGGAGUGCAGGGGGCAGAGCUGGCUGCCGCCGCUUUGCUCCUCUGUGUGUUCCCAAGGGAACCGCACAGUUCCCAAGGGUUCCCACGGCCACCGGACACCCUCCGGGCUGCCCUUCCCGCAGGGCUCACGGCGCUUCCCAGCACCGAGGGCUCGGGGAGAGACCCGCCGGCCAGCUCCAGCGCGCCGCAGAGCCCAUCCGAAGAAACCAGCGGCUGCAGCCCGGGCUCCAGAUGUCCCCAAGUCCCGACGUCCCCAGCGGGUGCCCAGUGCCCUCAAGCUGCCCGAAGAGUUUCCCUGGCUGCAGAAGGGGAGACGUCUGUGAGCAGCAGCAGCGCGGCAGCUCCAGGGAGAAAGCGGCCGUUCCUGCAUCACCCAAAAACGGGGUCUGCGCUGAGGGAUGCUCCAGCACAGCCGCGUUUUGGUCCUCUGGAGCUUUCCGAGCGCGUGAGUCCGCGGUGCCUUCCCGAAGGCAGGAGGAGUUUGUGCACAGGACGAGCACCGCGCGGCAUCGCACGCAGGGCUUGGGCACUGCUCGGUGGCAGAAGCAGCGAGACGGGGCUGAGCCCCGCUUUGCUCUCUUCCGCGGGUCCCGCGGGCCACACUUGGGUGCUUCCUCUGGGCCCUCCAGCCGCUCGGAUCUCUGCUUCCUCAGCCCUUUUAGAGCGGGCUGGUUUUCCCCAUUAGCUGGAAAAUCGAUCUCAGCAACUUUCGUUUCCCGCCUCCGUCCAAGAGUCGCAGGAGGAACCAUGAACCCGGACAAUAUUGUCCGGCCCCGUAACGGAGCCCUGCUCAGAUGCCAGCUCUGCUUGGACGCCGGCCCUGCUCCCCGGGAUCCCAACGGCAUUUCGGGGCCGUAGGCUCCCCCCUCUCUCCCUCCCGCUGCCUCAGUUUCCCUGGCAGUUUGGGGUCCCUCAUGAGGAGGAGCCGGGGGAGAAGGGCUGGACUCAUUAGUCUUUCCCUUGUGGAUUAGUUAUUUUAUCUGGUGUGGAGAGCAGCUAGCGCCUUCCCCGCAGCUCUGCCCCCCUGAAGGAGCCCGUGGAGCGGCGCCGGGGCGACUUGCUCCCCUCGCCCGGAGCUGCUGGAGGCUUUGAAUAAAAAAUGAGCUUUCGGCGGUGCUAA